UGGCGCAUAUAUAUUUGGUGCCCUCUUGUACCAAUAUUUAUGUGUUCAAAUAUAUAAAUAAUGAUUACGUUCGAAAGUGACUUUAAUGUGAAAUUGAUAAUGAAAUAUCCAUCACUAAUUACGUAUAAUCAAUUCCCAAUCAACUGCACUCUAAUGAAAAUAUCGGUGGAGGUAAAUAGUACAAAUAAAGAACUUACUUUCUGCUACUUGAAAUUUCAACUCUUCAUCCAAGUUGUUAAGAAACUAAAUUAUCAGCUUCUUUAACAGUUGAAUUGUGAUAUAGGGUUAAUUGAAACCUAAUAAAAAAUUCUAAGUGGUAGACAGACCUUCAACACUUCAAAUGUAACCAUUUUUGUUUACAAGUCCAUCUAUGAUGAACUUACACUCAACUUGGCUUUCAUUUAGUAAGUACGGGAUGAAAGCUACGAUAGUUAUACAUUCAAGGGUACUUUCAGACAAAUAAAUUUUACCGAACAACUAAUCCAAAUUGAGAUGAAACAGUAACCUGUUCUGAUAUAGACCAUAAGAUUAGAAAGUAAACAAACCAAUGAAAAAUUGACCUCAAAGUAGUUGAUUUUACUCAAUCUUAUCAGUAAGUGGCAUCAUAUAGCUAAUAUGCGUAGGUGGAGAAACAUUUAACGUCAAGAUUUUGAAUGUUUGAUAUACAUAACUUGUUAUUGACUUGAUGACGUUUCAUUGUUCGAAACCUUGGAAACUAAAUAAGAAACUUCCUUGAUCACGUUAAAUGUCUUUUCAGAUUUCCGACUAAUCUGUUUAGGCUGAUGGAUGAAUUAUCUACGUUAAACCUAACGGGAAAAAUUAUCAGAUUUUACAACUGUUAUCUAGUUAGAGAAGAGCACUUGGUAAAAGAUGAUUUGUGGAUUCGAGAUGGGAUCAUUCUUGACGGACUAACUAUAUUCUUUUCUGAAAAGGCAAUGCCAGAUAUUCUCAUCGAUGUUGGCGGAGGUAUUAUUUCUCCCGGUCUUAUAGAUGUACAAGUUAAUGGUGCUUAUGGGUAUGAUUUCUCAAAUCCAGAUCAGGACAUAGAAAAUGCUUGUAAUCAGGUUGCGGAGAGACUCCCACAAACAGGAGUCACAGCUUUUUGUCCAACAAUCAUUACGUCCUGUCAAGAAUUGUAUCCAAAACUUAUAUCAGGAUAUCAGAAAUAUGUAAACAAACCCAACUGUUCAAAAGUGCUUGGGAUUCAUCUUGAGGGUCCAUUUAUUAGCACAGAUUGCGCUGGAAUGCACCAAACAGACUACAUAAAGGGAUUCGGUACUAAUCCUAUAAAGACCAUUUCAGAGAUUUACGGUCCCAAUCUUGAUAGAGUUAAGAUGAUUACGAUUGCGCCAGAAUUAGAAGGUGCUUCAACAGCUGCAGCAUACUUAUCUUCACUAGGUAUCGUAGUGUCUAUUGGUCAUACCAACUCUGACUACGAGUCAGCAGAAUCUGUUUUAUCCUCAGGAGCAACUUUCGUUACUCAUCUAUUCAACGCUAUGCCAUCUUUCCAUCAUCGUAAAGCCCAUAUCUUCGGUUUAUUUGCUGGCACUAAGACACCGCUCCAUAUUGGGCUAAUUGCUGACUUGGUGCAUUCACACCCAGCUGCUCUACGUUUAGCAGACGCAAUUUCACCUGGUCAUGUGACCCUUGUCACUGAUUGUAACACCGCAUUCGGCCUUCCAGAUGGCUCGUAUACAUUCGGUGAACAAAAUAUCCAAGUAGAAGCUGGCAAGGCAUACAUUGCUGGUACAAACUGUCUGGCUGGAGGUACUACGCCAUUGUUAACAUGUGUCAGAAACUUCUGGCUAGAAGUCACUCGUGAGAAACUCAACGCCGAACCCAAUGUUCCUAAGGAGUGGGCUGGACUUGGAUACGCACUAGCAGCGGCUAGCACAAGGCCAGCAAGUGUUCUUUGCCUUCUAUCUUCAAAUGCAUCAAACUCAAUACAUAAAUCGAGUUCGGAAUCCGUUUUGCCCUUGGGAACACUAAACUCUGGCUCUUCUGCAGACUUUAUAAUUAUACACCCAGUAUUAACUGAAACAAGUCCAAAGCCUCAAAUUAAACUGUUAUGCACUUGGAUAAAUGGAAAACCUGUCUACUUCUGCUCAGAUCAUCAUGUUUAUUUCAAUAUAAGAUCCUCGACGUAGUACUUUCUAAUAUAGUUUAUUGUAUUUUCUUCCCAAGUGAUUGUUUACUAUACCAUUUGAUCUUGACUAUUCGAAAAUACUUUUACAAAAUAUAAAAUAGUUUUU